AUGGCCCUACUCGGUCGGCGGAGAUCCUCGUUCCUGAAGCUGGCGGCCCUGUGCGGUGUGCUCUGGUUUAUGGCCGUGUUUGUACUGUACUCGGACGACGGAAGCCGCGCAACGGCAACGGGCCCGAGUGGUAGCGGUGGAUCGGCCGCCAGUGGUGGAGCAGGAUCCGAGUAUGAACCACCACGCCGGUUAGCCCUCGAGGGCAUUCGGAAUCGGUUCAAUCAGUUCAUGGAAAACGCCCGGCAGGAUGCGAAUCGGCCCGAUCCGGCCGAACAGCCGGAGGAGGCGGAACCGGAAGACGAGCAGCAGCAGCAGGAGCAGCAGCGGGACGUGAAGUUUGUGGACCGCAACGAGCUGGUGGAGGACCGGGACGAGGGAGGAGCCGAUCUGGAGGAGCCACCGGUGCUGAAGACGGUCAAGCACGUUCCCUCAAAGUCAAGCCGGGGGCCGGAGAACUCACCGGGUGGUGCUCUACAACUUCCCGGUGUGAUUGCACCACCCGCUCCGGAUGGUCCGGGGGAGCUGGGCAAACCCGUCGUCCUGCCGAAGGAGCUUUCGCCGGAUGUCAAAAAGCUUGUUGAUGAGGGGUGGGCCAACAACGCUUUCAACCAGUACGUAGCGGACAUGAUCUCGAUCCGGCGCACGCUGCCAGACCCGCGCGACGCGUGGUGCAAGGAACCGAACCGUUACCGGGACGAUCUGCCACCGACGUCCGUCAUCAUUUGCUUCCACAACGAGGCGUGGUCAGUACUGCUUCGAACCGUGCACUCGGUCCUCGAUCGAUCCCCCGAACAUCUGGUGAAGGAAGUCAUCCUGGUCGACGAUUUCUCCGACAUGCCGCACACACAAAAGCAGCUGGAGGAAUACUUCCUGGCCUACCCGCGGGUGAAGAUCGUUCGGGCGAGCAAACGGGAGGGUCUGAUCCGCGCCCGGCUACUCGGAGCCCGCCACGCGACCGCACCGGUUCUAACGUACCUCGAUUCUCACUGUGAAUGCACCGUCGGAUGGCUGGAACCGCUCCUGGACCGUAUCGCACGCAACUCGACGACGGUGGUCUGCCCGGUGAUCGACGUGAUCGAUGACAACACGAUGGAGUACCACUACCGCGAUUCGGGUGGUGUCAACGUCGGUGGCUUCGACUGGAACCUCCAGUUCAACUGGCACGCGGUGCCGGAUCGUGAAAAGCGGAAGCAUAAAAGCCCCGCUGAACCCGUCUGGUCCCCGACGAUGGCCGGUGGUCUGUUUGCCAUCGAUCGGGCUUUCUUCGAGCGGCUCGGUACGUACGACUCCGGGUUCGACAUUUGGGGUGGUGAAAAUCUGGAACUAUCGUUCAAGACGUGGAUGUGUGGCGGAUCGCUCGAGAUUAUUCCGUGUUCGCACGUGGGACACAUCUUCCGGAAACGGUCGCCAUACAAGUGGCGAACGGGCGUCAAUGUGAUCAAGCGCAACUCGGUGCGACUGGCGGAGGUGUGGAUGGACGAGUACGCUCAGUACUACUACCAGCGGAUCGGCAACGACAAGGGCGACUUCGGGGACGUGAGCUCGCGCAAGAAGCUGCGCGACGAGCUGAACUGCAAAUCGUUCCGCUGGUAUCUGGACAACAUCUACCCGGAGCUGUUCGUACCGGGCGAUGCGGUAGCAUCGGGCGAGAUCCGGAACCAGUGGUCCCAAUUGUGUAUUGAUUCGGCGGCUAAACCCGAGGACAUGCAUUCGCCGGUGGGCGUCUGGCCCUGCCACCAGGCCGGCGGUAACCAGAUCUUUGGGGACGUACCGGAUCAACACAUGUUCUCCCGAUACUGGAUGCUGAGCAAAACGGGCGAAAUCCGGCGGGACGAAGCGUGCCUGGACUAUGCCGGCGAUGACGUCGUCCUGUACCCGUGCCAUGGUUCCCGGGGCAACCAAUACUGGAACUACUCGGACGAAACGCACCUGCUGCGGCACGGUUCCUCGGACCGGUGCCUGGCGAUCAACGAGGCGAAGAACAAGCUGAUCAUGCAGGACUGCAACGCGCUGGUCGAGGCGCAACGGUGGAACUUCCAGAACUACGACUCGAGCAAGCUGUGAAACUCGGCGGACCAACGACUGAGCUCGGGACGGUGGAGUGGCCCGAACAACGGGCCAGCGAAAGAUUGGCGAGAGACCAUCGUAUCCCCAACAUCAAUGUCAACGGCGAAGCAUCUUCCUUAAGACUUCUCUAGUUGGCUCGAGCGCUUUCGAGCGCCUUCGAAACCGUGACCGCAUCGAACCGAG